AUGCUGUGUGACUAUGAGGCAUCAUCAAGCGCUGAUCAUAAUUUCACCAUGGCUGUCGCCAUCCUCAACCUCUUCAUCUUCCUCUUCCAGAUUCUCGCGUUCUUAUCUCAUCCAGCUCCUUUAGCCCGUGCCCAACUCUUCUCCAUAAUCAAUGAAGGUGGCGGCAUCGACGCCAGCAAAACUCCCGUCUACAUAGUCCACGUGGAGAAGCCCCGCAGCCGCGGCAGAGGCGCAAGCCGCUCACUCAGCUUCCAAAAUCUUAAAAAUUGGUACUUGUCCUUUCUCUCCAAUGCCACUCUCGCCUCCGGAGAACCUCGGAUGGUUUACACCUAUCGCGAAGUAAUCACGGGCUUCGCCGCUCGUCUCAGCUCCGAUGAAGCCGAAGCCAUGGAAUCCCUCGAUGGUUUCAUUGCUGCCUAUCCAGAAAAAGAAUACUAUGCUUCCACCACCUACACCCCCACCUUCCUCUCCCUCAAAGGAAACCCAUCAAACACACUCUGGCAAGACUCUUCAAUGGGCGCCGGCCAAAUCAUUGCCGUAAUCGAUACCGGAAUCGAUAAUAACCACCCUUCUUUCAAUGAUAAGGGAAUGCCCCCUCCUCCCUCCAAAUGGAAUGGCAAAUGCUAUUGGGGCAAUAAACGUACCUGCAAUAACAAGCUCAUCGGAGCCGCUGCGUUCCACCACCGUGUCGUAAAUCCCAACCCGUAUGACAACGACGGCCACGGCACCCACGUCGCCAGCAUCGCGACCGGAAAUUUUGUUGAAAAAGCUAAUGUAAUUGGGCAGGCACAGGGGACGGCCUCCGGCAUGGCCCCACGUGCUCAUCUUGCAAUUUACAAAGCCUUGUUCGUCGGUCCCAAUGGUCAUUCUGCGGGCACCGAUGCGGAUAUUUUAGCCGCUAUAGAACAAGCCAUUCGUGACAACGUUGAUAUUCUUCAGAUGUCGCUUGGGCUAUCCAAUGUUGAGCUGUUCAAGGACCCUGUUGCCAUCGGUUCAUUCGCGUCUAUAAAAAACGGUAUAUUUCCCUGUGCUGCGAUCGCCAAUGAAGGUGCUUCGGCUAGCAAAGUAGCUAAUGAUGCGCCGUGGAUACUAACAGUUGGGGCAAGCACUGUUGAUAGAAGAAUUACGGCAUCGGUGUUGCUCGGCAAUGGUUCGGAGCUAGCCGGUGAGUCGGCUAACCAACCCAGCAACUUUCCAUCGACUCAGCAGCCUCUCUCCUUCCCAUUCCAUGAGCUUGGAACGGUUGGUUCCUUGGGCUGCCAUUUGAGCGAGAUAAAAAAAUUAAAUCUUCAUGGAAAAAUUGUCCUGUGCUUCCUCCCAAUGGACAUCGACGAUGAUGAGCGAGGCGACAACGUGAAGAAGUCAGGCGGCACGGCCAUGAUUUUGGUAAAUGGAUGGAGGUCAGGGGGGACAACCAGCGCCUUUGCUCAUGUACUCCCUGCCGCACACCUCAACUUCACUAGCUCAAAUCUCGUGGAUAAGUACUACACCAAAACGAAAAAACCUACAGCAGCGAUAAAGUUCCACGGGACCCAAUUUGGAAUGAACUCAGCCCCGGCGGUCGCAGUCUUCUCGUCUAGAGGCCCAAGCUUGACCAAUGGCGGGAUCAUAAAACCAGAUGUGAUCGCGCCCGGAGUUAACAUUCUUGCUGCGUGGCCGAAACCUGUUGGGCCGACAGGAUCUCAUUUUAACUUUCUAAGCGGGACGUCCAUGGCUACCCCGCAUGUCUCCGGGUUGGUUGCGCUCUUAAGAAAUAAGUACCCAAGCUGGUCGCCAGCAGCAAUCAAGUCGGCAAUUAUGACGACCGCAUACAUAUUGGAUCGCCAAGGGAAUCCAAUCACGGAUGAAUAUGAAGGCGACGCGGCUACCGUGUUCGAGCGUGGCGCCGGCCACAUUAACCCGGAAGCAGCUGCAAACCCUGGGAUUAUAUACGAGCUACAUGAUUAUGAUUAUGUUCAUUACCUAUGUGGCUAUUAUAAAUCAAAUUCCCGAGUAAAAAUGAUCAUAAAGGCACCUGUGGAUUGCGCAAAGGUGAAGGCGAUAGCACCUGAGAAGCUUAACUAUCCAUCUUUUGGUGUGAGCAUCGGAGGGAACACGCCGGAGGUUACAGUGAAGAGAAAAGUGACGAACGUUGGGGAUGCAGGUUCAAUUUAUAAGGUUGUUGUGAAGGAGCCGGAGGGGGUAAGGGUUGAGGUAAGUCCGGCGAUGUUGAAAUUUAGCCAGUUGGGGGAAGAGAUGAGCUAUGAAGUGAAGUUUAGUUUCAAGGGGGGUUUGCCAAAGCCGGUGGCGGGGGAGGUGAAGGAUGGGCAAUUGAGUUGGGAUUCUGGCAAGUAUUACGUUAGUAGCCCCAUAGCCGUUACAUUCAUUUGA